AUGAGCGGUAAGAAGAAAGCUCAGAAGAAAAAGGGACGAAAUAAAGAUCCUGGAGCUGAUGAUUUCGAUGAUCUCGUAGAAUGUGCAAAUGAUGAUGGAUGCGGUCUAUCGAGAAAACAUGCAACAGAUAUAAUAAGGUUGAUCAAGUAUCAUAAUAAGCCAUUAAACAAGGUUGCAACGGAAUUCAUUGAGAUUUUCAAAGAACGGUGUUCGCUUGUGGUUGGAAUGGCUCUUCUCGCAAUAUAUGAUGACUUAGCUCCGACUGAUGACAUGGCCAGCAGAAUCGUUACAAUUUAUCUAAUCUACAGGUUCGCAUAA